GGACUGACCUGAGCCGCGCAUGCGUCUGAGUGAAACCCUCGUGCGCGCACACCCAAGGAGGAUCCGGUAAUUAAAAACAGCGAAGAUGCGGAAAAGUGUGAAGAGAAUAGCCGGUAGCUAGCGGAGCCGGUGUACGCUACAGGCAGCGGACAUUGGGACCUGGUGCCGGGUGUUGCUGCUGUUACGCCGGGGCUGAGACUCCGGAGAGGCUGCACUAACUCUCGGAGCUGUCCAAGUUGAUGCUUAUAAGAAGAGGAAGUCAACAUGCCACCAAAAGAACUCGGUAGAUCAGAGCGAAGGAAACUGUACACCUCUCUGGCAGGCGAGCUGGUGAUCAUGGCCGGGACCGUCAUGCUGGCCUACUACUUUGAGUACACCGACACCUUCAGCGUGCACGUCCAGGGCUUCUUCUGCUACGACACCACGUACACCAAGCCCUACCUGGGGCCGGAGGACAGCAGCGCCGUCCCGCCCGUCCUGCUGUACGCCCUGGUGGCUGGGCUGCCCACGCUGCUGAUCACAAUAACGGAGACGGUGCUGUUCCUGGUCCAGUACACGUCCAAAGAGUUCGACCGCUCAGAGAAGACGGUAGCCACCGGGGACUGCUGUUACCUCAACCCGCUGGUGCGCAGGACCUUCCGCUUCCUCGGAGUCUACACCUUUGGCCUCUUCACCGUUGACAUCUUUGUGAACGCGGGCCAGGUGGUGACGGGGAACCUGGCCCCCUACUUCCUGACGGUCUGUAAGCCCAACUACACGGCGCUGGGCUGCCAGCAGGCCCUGCGCUACAUCAGCCACCAGGAGGCCUGCACGGGGAACCAGGACGACAUCCUGCGCGCCCGCAAGACCUUCCCCUCCAAGGAGGCCGCACUCAGUGUCUACGCUGCCCUCUACCUGGCUAUGUACGUGACGUGCACGGUGCGGGCCAAAGGCACGCGUCUGGCCAAGCCCAUGCUGUCCCUGGGGCUCAUGUGUCUGGCCUUCCUCACCGGCCUCAACCGCGUGGCCGAAUACCGCAACCACUGGUCGGACGUCAUCGCGGGCUUCAUCAUCGGCACGGCCAUCGCCACCUUCCUGGUGGUGUGUGUAGUGCAUAACUUCAAAGGAAAGUUACUGCUCUGCGAGGAGUCGUCAGCGGAGCAGCGGCCGAACACAGGCAUGCUGAACAUCGGCCGAAUGGAGAGUCCUCUGGAGAAGUACAUCGCCUCACAGAAUCACAUCGCCUUCGCUGAGGUCACAUGACGUGGAGUCGGCCGUGUGGCAGACCCAUUGGACGUCCACGUUCUUCACCGUCCAAUCCAAUUAACUGGAGUGCAGUGCUCAACCCAUUCUCUGUGUGUGUCUGGUCUGUGGUAUGUUGUUCUAUGUUGUCUUUGUCAGGCCCCUGUUGUCUUGAGCAGCUCCUUGUAUCCAAGGGGAAAAAAAAGAAAGAAGAGUCAGUAGCUCAGUGGGACAGGUUGCUUCUGCUUUCUCCAUCUAUGCACUUAUUCUGAAUCCUUUUGAAUCUCGCCACCAAAAUGAAGCCUGCUGCGAGGCGGACAGGUGCACACUGGGGGACUCUGGAAGACCAAGGAGAAGAACUGGAUUACAUCAUCUCAACUCUGCCUAGGCCCAGUAGGUUCCCCUGGUUGGGUAAUGUUGUGUGGAACAGCGUUGCUAUAAUCGGAAGGCUGUAACUCAUUAAGCUGAGUGAAAAGAUAAAGAACCCUCUCUUGUUAUGUACAAAGUUUUGUUUUUGCUGUCAUCACAUCAUAUUUAUAACAUCCAGAGAAGGCUGCUGUGAAUAUUAGAAUAUGACAUUGACGGCUGGGCCCAUAUUUAUCAAACCAAAGGUGACAUUUUGACUUAAAGGAGCAGUGUGUUUACCAUGCACGGCAGCUGGAUUUCCGCAAUAAGACGCGAGAGUUGCAAUUUAUUUGGGCACUUUUUAUGCAUUUGUUAGAUAUUUUGACAGUUGAGACAUGACAUGGAAUGUUGGGAGAGAGAUGGGGAAGGACAUGAGACAAAGGUUCCUGUCCAGACGAUUUUAUUGAGUUAGAUUGAUUUGCUGUUUGAUGUCUCGUCUCAUCGUGCACAGCGGCUGAAUUCUCAUGAUAUCACGAGAUCAUGUGAGAACUGCUGGCAGCGGCAGCGUGGUUUAUGUUAGUCGAGUGCAGAUUUGACUCACUUUGCCACGAGUGUUCACUGCUGGCUACGAGUUAGCAUCAAACACAACAGAGGCUGUCCCUUCAAUGGAGUUUAGAGCUAACGUUAGCAAUCAAACAGCCACAGAUGGCUAAAAUGUUUCUAAAAGGAUUUUUAUCUUCUGUUAUUGUUUGCAAUGAGAAAAGUUUAUUAAUUCAUGGAUUUCACAAAUUUCAGUAUGACACUCUAUGCCAAAAACCGUUUAAAUCUGAGCAUGCGCGACUCACAUCUGGGAGUGACACUUUCUCACCACCUGACCUGUUUUAUAUGCUUCUUUAUUUUAUUUUUUUACAUUUUUGGAGCAGCCUUUAGACAGCAGUUAGAGGCAGGAGGGUCUAAAUAACAUUUGAGAUUUGGGAGAUGUGUGUGUUGGCCCCCCUGCGUCCUGUGGGUGCCACUAAAACCUGCAGACAUGUCCCUGUCUCUUUACUCCCUCUAUCUCUUUGGAAAUGAUCUGGUGGUCUAAAUGUUUGAGGACAGGGUCUGUCCCUGUCAGUUUGAGAGGAGCUGAUGAGCUUUAUGAAGACGGGGUGUGGAGUUUUGAGAGGCGAGGCCGUUUACAGGCAGCGAGGGUCUCUUAGAGGCUUAAAGUAGGAUCCUUGGCUUAUGUUUGAUACAUAUGGGCUCCGGUAAAAUAGCAAAUUAGGAAAACUGCCAAACUUUGUCUUUGUAUUCAUACAUCAUUUACUGCUCCUGACAUCUCUAUGAGAGUUAAGGUGUGUGUGUAUAAGAGUGUAAAGGUGUGUAUACAGUACACAGUACACACUGUACAGUAGAUUCCAACCAAUGAAAACACUAUACAAUCUUUAUUUAAGCCGCACCAGACAAUCACCACAUCCCUCUCUCUUUCCUUUUUAUCCCUCUUUUUGUGGUUAAAUAGUACCGAGGUGUGCGGUAGCAACACUGUACAUGAGGAAUGACCACGGUAAGAAGAGCCCAACCACUUUGCUUUCUUUUAUUCUUUUGAAAGCUACGAAAGACACAAAGGUCAGCCUGACUCACAGGCCAAAACUGAGAUUUCUAUCGUAUGUAUGAAGUUAUUAGUUAUUAGUCUUCUUGUAUCACUUCUGAUGUGUUCUGCUAUGUCGAAUCAGGUUCCAGUGAUGAAAGGAAAUCUACAGAUGAGAUGUUGUCCUCCUCUUAUUCAUGGCCUGUGACUCCAGUAUCAAACAGACAUGGAGCCAUGCUGGGCUGCCCCCCCGGGGACUGUAGUUCCAUCUUUCAGCCAAUCAGGACCUCCAACUAUUUUUUUCUCUGUCAUGUGGCUCAGUGUAACAUUGAACAUGAAAGAAUAACUUUACUGCAA